UAACGCACUUUGUUCGUGGUUGGUCGCGCAACGAGCGUUGCUUUUUUAAUAAUUCCCUUGGCGCAAAUCGCGGACGUCGGUCGACGUGACGCACCAAAAGGGACGACGACAAACGACGACGGUCGAGGAGUGGAAGAUAACGAGUAAUAAUAAUCAUAUCGUCGGCGGUUUUUUUUUUUCAAACAAGCGAGGAAAAGAGAGCGAGAGUGAGUGAGUGGAUAAAGCGACCUCACUAAUCACAAAAAGAGGCAAGAAUCAGUCCGUACACACAAUUUUUCAUGUUAUUAAUGAAAAUAGUAUUAAACAUUAAGCAUAAUAAAAAGUACGAAACGGAUCGAUCAAACGACGAAAGAAGUGCAGAACACAUAAAAUAGGCAGAAACUUAAAUACAUACAUCUCGACUUCUAGAUUACAUACAAUUUGGAAAACUAAUAUUAUAUGCCAUUAAAAAUCUUGGCGAUUCACUUCGGAAUUGUUUUCGAUUAUAUCAUUACGGGCACGGAAGAUAUGUAAUUUGGACACUCUCGCCAAGUUUUCUGGGGAUCAUCGGUUUUACCCGGGCGUGACAAUUAGUGACAAUUGUUUUCCCUGGUCGUCGUUGGCGGAGAUCCAGCUGGAGGAAGAAAGCUGCCACACUCAAUCGCGCACAUAAUAAUAAUCAUAAUAAUCAAUUGUGUGAUAGCUGCGAUUAGUAGUGAUCGUUUACGCGCGCGCCCGGCUCUAGUUUUUUUUUUUGUUUAUUUGGAGUGUGGUUGUAUGAGUGUGCUAAACGAUAAUUUCCACGAUUACGUGAAGACAGUGUCAAAACAGUAAUUAGUUUAAAUUGAAGCGAUAAAUUAGUGAUGUUUAUGUGCAGUUUUUACCUCAUCGCCCGAGUCGGUAGUUGUGUUCGCCGUCUACUAUUAAUCCGGUACUCUACUUUGUCCUAGUCGGGAUACCCGCCGUGGAACUGCCGGAACAGUUGACCACGUGAUUGUGAUUGUGACCUAUCAUUACCGAAAAUUAGGAUUAGUGUAAUUAUUCCUCGGUCGGACCCUGGGCUACAACUCUACGUGCUUAUGAAUGAAACCGGCAUUCAUGAAUGAAAAUUGAUUUUAAUUAUAACAACACAAUCGCCCCUCGUCCCCGCGGUCUUAAGUGACUCCAGUGAAUUACUCCAUUUGUGGAAGAAUCAAUUAUGAGCCGCCAGAGCCGUCGAAAGUCGUGAUCAUUGAAGUGAACGCCGGCUAAUAUCCCUUUACCCAUUAUCGUUGUGUUCCUUAUCAAUUAGUUGCGUUGUGAUACACAUUAAUCAUUUUAUGUUACCGUCGGAAUCCCUGCUUCAACCCGAGAAGAUCAUCCUGUUGACACAUUAGCGCCUCUUUUCGGGUACUCAAAAUCAAAUCAUCACCUCCCGUCGUUGCGAAGGAUCAUCGGCGGGUGAGAAGCGACGGCAGUCAGUGAAUUCAACAAAAAGAGCAGGAACAGAACACAAAAUCUCAGCAGGGAGCCGACUCGGUCCGAGAACCCCAGGAAGUGUGUGAAAACAUCAACAUCGAUCGGUGGUGAAAGAGAAGAACCCAAAUAAACGCACCAACGAAAAAGUAAAACACAACAGGGAUAGAACAACUCAGCGGUAGUCUGGUCCUGAAUUAGUGAGUGAAAGGAGAGAAUCCGAGAAACACGCAUGAUCAGCGCCCAAAUGAUCUCUGCCGUAUUUGCGCGCGUUUGAGUGAUUCUGUCUUGAAAGAAAUUCGGUUGAAUCAAGAAUAAAUCGUGAGCAACUAGCGAAUACGUAGUGUUGGAAACCCAAACAAGUGUGCCCGUGAAGUGAAGUGCGUCCAAUCGUCUGAAUACCGACGCGCGAUCACAGCGUUCCGGGCUCCUCCGCGGAACCUGUGAACCACCAGUGAACAGUGAGUGACUAGUGGAACGCCAUCUUCCCAACGGCAUUACGAUUCAUUUCGAAAAAGUGGCCUCCAUCGGCGGCAACACGCUCAACUUUACGGAUCUGGGGAGCCCUUACGAGGGCCCCCCUAGCACGCCGCAGUCCGGUAUGGACGCCCCGGAAGCCCCGCACACGCCAAAGUACAUCGAUGGCGGAGCGACGGGAGCGACCGCGCCCGGCAAGUCCGCGUUCGUCGAGCUGCAGCAGCAUGGCUACGGUGGCAUCCGGAGUGGGUACCAGCAUUUCAGUGCGCAGGGCGGGCAGGAUUCGGGCUUUCCGAGUCCGCGAAGUGCCCUAGGUUAUCCCUUCCCGCCCAUGCACCAGAAUUCCUAUUCAGGUUAUCACUUAGGCAGUUAUGCACCUCCCUGCGCUAGUCCACCAAAAGACGAUUUCCUUUCGGACAAAAUCGAAGACACCGGCCUGCGGGUGAACGGUAAGGGCAAGAAAAUGCGCAAACCCCGCACCAUCUACAGUUCCCUACAGCUGCAGCAGCUCAACCGAAGAUUUCAACGAACGCAGUACCUAGCGCUACCGGAGCGGGCGGAACUGGCGGCCAGCCUCGGGCUAACGCAAACGCAAGUGAAGAUUUGGUUUCAGAACCGACGAUCAAAGUACAAGAAAAUGAUGAAAGCAGCGCAGGCACCGGGCGUCGGGGGAGGACUUCCCCUGGGUGCGCCGAACCAAGGUGGUCACAGUCCGUCGCAGCAUCAAAACAUGCACCAAGCACCCGGUGGUGGCUCCAGUAGUGGUUCGCCAUCGCACUUCCUACCUCCCGGACACAGUCCAACGCCGUCGAGUACACCGGUCUCGGAGUUGUCACCUGCCGAUCGAAUUCCAGGCCUCAGUCCGCCCUCGCAAGCACCCUGGGAGCAGAAACCCCCGCCGCACUGGGGCGACCACAAACCACCGCAGAUGGCACCGCAGACCAACCACGCACCUCCACAGCCGACCCACGCGCCCCAGAUGGGCGGCUACGUACCUCAGUACUGGUAUCAACCGGAAACGAAUCCAUCACUAUUAACCCAGAGGAACAGGGAAGCGAUGUUUGAUGAGUACUACUCCUCUAGGAUACCCAGAUUCGAGUCACAUCAAAGGGUGUGGCCAGCCGUUUAACAAAACGAGAAUGUAAAUUAUAAUUUUAACUAUUCCUAGUGUGUAAUAGAGCAAAGUUUAAUUACAAAAAAAAAAACACAAACACAUUUUGAACAUGAAACCUACAGCGAAUGGCGCAAAACGGAAGAAACAACGGAAAGAACAGUUGCAAACCAACAGGAAGUGAAACAAAAUUUAAACCUAAAAAAAAGCUGAACCCGUGAUCUGAUUAACAAGUAGUGUAUUAAAGUAGUGAAAAUUGCAAAGUAACCCAAAAACGUCGCUCAGUCCGACUCGAUGUUGAGGCCCCGGGGAGAGUGGAAUGAGAGCACACACGUGAGCUGGCAGUUCCUUUAAUCACAGCACAGUACACAUCAAAUCCGUACGAGUUAAAGAGAAAAAAAAGAAUAUAUGUAACAACGCAUGAGAGUGAGCGACGAGGUCAAUCCCCAACCUUGGCUUGAGUCGAGACAAACGGACGGAUGUCAAUCGAUCGAGUGCGAGAGAAAGCUGAGAGAAACGAGAGCUUUGUGCAAUAUUUGUAAGUGUUAAUCGUAACUGUAACUUUUGUGUUUCAUCGUUUUUAUUUUCUGAGUACUAUGAAAAGGUUGUUGAGAAUCUUUCCUCGAAGAGAGUGGAACAUAUUUGAAUCUACUUAAAACAAAACUGAAGUUUGUUGACAACGACCAGCAUACAAACAUUCCCAUAGCGAGAUCAGGCUGGUGAUUAGAAAAACGACAUUCCAAUCUUAUACGUUAGGAUUCCGUUGGCAUUUUUUUCAAUUAGACACUGGUAAUUGAAUUUCCUACAAUACAUUAAUUUCGCUGCCAUUGUACCAACAGAAAGCUUUUAACACAAUAAGCGGAGUGAAUAUUUUAUCAAGACAUCAAAUCUGACAACAGCACACAAGCGAAAUAGUGAACAUCAACACAAGCAGAGGAAACUCAUGUUUAGAAAAUCAAACUAAUAGCAAUUUCAAAUGAACAAGUUUUAACCGAUUUGCAUUAAAAACUGUAAAUACAAGACACUAUACUGGUUUGGCGGAAAAGAAUCGUCCGGGGAUUGAUUAUUUCCAAUCCAAGACAACAAAAAAAUAACAUCAAAAGACAGCGAACCAAUCGAAUUUAGACAGCGUUGAAGACGAAUAACCAUGCAAAACGAGCUAGAUUCUUAUUUCGUGGGUGUAACGAAUGGUUGUGUGCGUGCCAGAGAAGAUAUGUGAAUGAGAGAUCGAAUGAUCCAAAUUGCUCUGUAAAAACAGUACUAAUAAGCUAGAAGGAAAACACACGUUAGUGGUGAUGAUUGUGAUUAGCCGAUAAUUAAAUUAACAGAGAGCGAUGCAGACAUCUAAAGCAAAUUUGUACAUAAACAAAAAACACAUUUACGAUACAAAAAAUCAAUACAAGGAUGUAAUUAAGUUAAACAAUUGUAUUAAAAUAUUUAAAAAUGAUUUGCGAGUAAGUGACACUGCUACCCUAGGAGAAAAUGGAAAUCCAACAGAGCAAAUGGGUAAUUUUGCGAGCGACGAGUACAGUGCGUAGGGAAAUUGAUUUGAAAUUUUAGCAAACCAAUAAUCUUGAAUGAGAAAAAAGCAAAAUACAAAGAUUUAAUUGAUUGGACGAAAGUGAGAUUUUCUUUCGAUGAGAAAAAAAGUUUGGAAAAAUUAAGUAUAACAAAGAAUAAUAAAAGCUUGCAAGUGCAGGGCGCACCUCGAAUGGGAAAGAUAAUCUCUGUGGGAGUCGUAUGUAGGUGAUAAGAAUUGUUUAUUAUUAUAUUAUAAUGAUAUAAUGUAAUGAAAAUUAUAUUAUGAGAAAAUCCUGUAACGAUUGUGAAUGUAAAUUGCAAAAUUCGAAAACGGUAUUAAAAUAUUAUUUUAAAAAUUUAA